AUUGAUUGCUGUUACGCCACUCGUCAAUACAACCAGUGUUUCUUCCCGUGCAUUCGGUCGUGUUCGUACACCACUCGGCGAGUCUGGUACAAUUACGAUGGUUUGGAGACUGUGCAACCUUUGAUUGACAUCAUUAAGCCUGAGAAGGGUGUGAUCCGAAAGUUUCCGAAGUCACUAGCGGACAUCAAUACAGACAGAGAAAUAGCGAGUGAACUGGCAAUAGGCCUUGAUACACCAGGACAGCUGGCCGCUAUUUGUCGCUUUGCUAGUAACUACGGUUACCGUGUGCGAGCUGUGGGGACUGGGUCCUCAUGGUCGCGUUUGACCAGUACACGUGACAUUUUGAUUGACAUGACAAACUUGAACAGGAUUUUAACACCAAAACCUGCCAAAAGAAAAGACAAUUUGAAGCAGGAGUUUGUAGAUAUUGAGGUGGAAGGAGGAAUGCAAGUGCAUCGCUUUGUGGAAAAGCUAGACAAGGUCUACGGGCUGGCGCUACCCAUGAUGGGAAAUUACGCUGGUCAGACAGUGGCUGGGGUGGCCUGUACAUCAACUCAUGGCUCGGGUUACUUUACCGGCACCAUGUCUACUUCAGUCGUCGGUUUUCACCUCAUUAUUUCAACCGGCAUCCAAGUGAGGCUGAGUCAUGGAGAAGAGACUUUUGACCAGUGUCAGGAAAAGAUCAAGCAUGCGCACUUCGGGGGCGCCCCCGUUGAGUUGAAAAGCACCGAGGUGUUCAGAGCGGUAGCUGUGAGCUUGGGUUCGAUGGGAAUUAUUUACUCUAUUACAUACCGCUGUAUUUCCGUAUACAAGAUCGAAGAAGAGCGCACUGAGGUGAAAAUUCCAUGGCCCGGGAAAGAGAAAUUCCGCGUAAAACAGAAAUUUGAACCCAUGUUCACCAAUAGAGCGGAAGGAGAGUUUUUCUCGUUUUUUGUGAAUCCAUAUCCAGCGCAUAAAAGAUUCUUGUAUGCAGCCUACCUAAAAGGGAAGAGAACAUCCCGCCGAUCUACAUGCUGCGCCUGCUGUUCUUGGUGGUGUUGUAAAGGCGGUAGAGGAUGCGCAGAUGUGGAAUGUGUACAGACAGACUGCAUAGCGUCAUGUCUUCAAACAUGCGCUUCGUGUUGCCCAACUAGAAUACCAGAUAUCACAAACUGUGGUGUUUCGCAGUUCUCUCGUGAGCAUUCCUACGUGCAGAGAUGGUAUAAUGUGUUGCAAUUCACCAAGGGAAACAUGCACGUGCGCACAGCUGAAUUUUGUCUUCCGCUGUCCCAGUUGGACGAGGCUUUGGGUGACGUCAUUGAAACAGCCAAUCAGUACGCCGAUAAGUUUUCCCAGUACUCUUUGCUACCCAUUUACGUGCGAAUAGUAAAGACAGACGAUUUGUAUCUGAGUCCAGCCAACGGGAGAUGUCCGCAAGGAGGACAACACGACCACGCUUGUUAUAUUGAGUGCUAA